UCUAAACCUCUUAGAUGGAAGAGGACACACUGCAGCCAGUUCUAACCAUUAACAUGACCCAGCCAAACAUGACAAAUAGUACCCCCGAAGGAGGCCCCAAGGACUCGUGCUUUGAAAUCUACGAUAAAGCCAUCACAUUCCAGUUUUACACCUGGGGAAUAGUGGGCAAUAUCAUAGCUGCCUAUGGCAUCAUUGGAAACAUCUUGGCAAUCCUGGUUCUGCGGCACCGUCUGAUGAGGAGCUCCACAUCGUACUACCUGAUUUCUCUUGCCGUCUACGAUACUGGAGUUCUGCUGGCUAUGAUUCUCCUGUUUGCACUUCCUACGAUUUACCUAGAAAAGGCACAACUAAUGGACUACUUCUUCGCUUCUAAAUACAUGAACCAGUAUCUGUACCCUCUGGCUCUGGUCGCUCAAACAGGAACUGUGUACACAACAGUGGGCUUCACAAUAGAGCGAUAUAUUGCAGUAUGUCAUCCGCUCAAGGCAGCCAACACCUGUACUAAGUCUCGGACCAAGAGAAUUAUUAUUUUGAUUUUUGUCUGCUCAGUUAUUUACAAUGUGCCUCGAUUUUUUGAAUUCACAGUUGUGGAGACUUGGAACCCCAAUCUGAACCGUUCAGUGCCAGAGGUAAUGACUACGACCCUUGGAAAUAACAAAGACUUUAGAAAAGUCUACUUCAUCUGUCUGCAUCUGAUAGUCAUGUUCCUCGCGCCAUUCGUCCUAAUAUCUAUACUGAACAUUCAGCUGAUGAGAGCUGUGAAAAAUGCCAAAAAGACUCGUAAUAGAAUGAGUACAAACGCAGCCAAGGAGGCUAAUCUGACCAUCAUGUUAAUCGCUGUGAUCGUCGUCUUUCUCAUCUGUCAACUCCCCUCCAUUGCCGAUAACAUUCUGUUUACUAUCUUUGAUCAGGGAGUGUUACAGUGCAGUCUGCAUUAUGUACACUUGACUUCUAUCAGUAACCUGAUGGUGACAGUCAACUCUGCAGUGAACUUUAUUUUAUACUGUGUUUUUGGAAAGCGCUUCAGACGGGUCUUCAUCAAAAUUGUGUAUUAUCCAUGGAAACGUAAGAGCACACGCUACAAGUACACCUUAUACGACAGUUCCGGAAGUCGGCGAGGAAAUAGCAUGAAAGUUUACAAUACAGAGAGCACCUUUCUUUGAGUGAAUGACAAACUUCAUGUAUAUCUUUUGUGUUAUUUAUUUUUUUCAUUCCACUUCUUAAAAGAAAAGACAAACUAUGUUUUUUUGGUCUAAAUUAGCUGCAUAUUUUUAUGAUGAAUCAUGAAUUUCGCUGUAAAUAUUUCAUACUUUAAAUUUAAUCACACAUUAUAGGUAACUUAAAGCCAUGACCUGACCUCAAGGUAUCAGUCAGUAUCAAUAUCAAUGUGACUAAUUCUGAUCAGGAAAAAUGUUCCAUUUCUGGUUUGACAUUAAAUAAUUA